GUGGUCACUACGGAACACAAACACUCCGAGUCUGUCAGUAGAGUUUGUAGCGUUAGCAAGUAGGAGCAAACUUCUUCAGCAAUGGGUUUCUGUUCUUGUACCACCAAGUACAUCCUCUUCUUCUUCAACCUCGCCUGUGCUCUCCUAGGGCUCUUAGUGCUUGGUGUAAGCAUAUACGCCAAUAUCCAUGGCAGAUCCUUAAAGGCCUUUCUCCAGGGAGAGAUCACCAUCACUUCUAUCUUCCUCAUUUGUAUUGGAGCGGCUGUCUUCCUGAUAGCGUUCUUCGGAUGUUGCGGAGCAAUCAGGGAAGACCACUGCUUCCUUAAUACCUAUGGAGUGAUCUUGUCAAUCUUGCUCUUAGCACAGAUAGCGCUGGGUGUCCUCGCUUUGGUAUACAAAUCAAGGUUCCCAGAUACAUUCUCUAAAUAUUUAGAUGAAACAUUUCAUAAAGCUAUUUCAGAUGAUAAGGAUGCUAUUCAAAAUAUGUCUGAAAUCCAAGCAGGCUUGGAGUGCUGUGGAGUCACAGAUUUUAAUGACUACACAAGCAAUAAAAAGGAUAUCCCUGCUUCCUGCUGCAUGAGUCGGCAACAAAAUAACAGCACUUGUACUUCAAAUGAAGCUUACCAACAAGGAUGUAAAGUGGCCGGAAUUGAACUCAUUAAGUUUUCCCUUCAGAUUUUAGGAAUUAUUGCUUUAACUGUUGGUGGUGUUGAGCUGCUUGGUGUUAUACUCGCUUUCUGUCUUGCAAGCUCAAUCAAGAGAAACGAAAUGCGUGGAUAUGCUUGAAAAUGUCCGUAAACCAAGAAUGGGCCCUUAUAUUGUCAAGGGCAGGAUGCAUUUGUACAUUUUAUUUUAUUAAAAAUACAUUCUAUUAUAGUUUUUAAUUUAGUUAUAAGUAAAUUAUUUUUAUUGACAUAAAUUGAAUGUAUAAAUAAUUAAGAAACCUGGUUUUAUUUUAAAAUUAUAAACUUCUUAAUUGUUGAAGAAAAUGAGUAAUUUUAUAAGUAAGAUAUAAACAUAAAGUGAAACUUAAUGUAUGUAAUCAAAAUCACUUUUAAGCACUGAAGUAUUUUUAUGUAUUAGAUGUUUUUGCUGUUUUUGCCAUAUUGUAUGAACAUUAUUACAAGAUUUGUACAUUCCACAGUGAAUUUAAAGUAUUAAAUGUAUUUGAAUUUAGACAUUUUUCUGAAAGCAAUGUCUAUUUUUUUGAGUAAAAAGAAAAAGCACUCAUGCUUUUAAAAGGCUAUUAAACUCGAUUAAAUUAUUAUAUUUGUUUUUAUUUCCCCUUAAUAUAAUGAAUAUUGUCUUUAUUAUAUUCUCAACUAAUAUUUCUUAAAAAAAAAAAAUAAAUAUUGCAUCAAACCAUGGUAUAAAUGGUCAUUUAUUUAUAAGGGUAAGAAAAUAUCGCGCUUGUAAUAAUAGAUGCAUGGGCACUACUUAUAUAAUCAUACAAGAGAAUUAUGGUGAAUUUGAGAGUAGAAAUUUAAUUAUAUAAAUAAUAAGUAAAAUUCAUAUUUAAAACCUAUAAAAGAAAGAAAAAAGAUAAGAGCGAGUUUUCAUGACUUUCAAUUUAUAUUAAUGUUUUGGAAAUGUAUCACUUAGAAUAGAAGGUUGUACUUUGAAAAAGUUUUCUUCUGUCCUAGUGACUUAACUACGAUAUUUUAUCACAGAACACGUGCACAUUUAGAUUGGAAUAAACAAAUCGUGAAUUGUUGCUUUUAACUUUGACUACUUGUAUUAUUUUUUUCUAUUAUUCAAUAUGUGGAUAAGAAAAAAUGUAUAAUUUACUAUUUUUAUCUACAAAUAAUAAGUUAAUGAGGCUUUAACAUCUUGUAUUAAAAAAUUGAGACAAGUAAAUGUUAGAACUGUUGGAAUUUAAUAGUCAAAUUUAAAAAAACUUAAUUCACUUUCUAUAUUAUUUCUCUGCUAAUAUUUUGUAAACUUUUAUGAAAAAUUUAAUUUUUACAAAUAUUUCAGUAAUUGUUUAAACACUGAAGUUGUUUGUGAUAUGGUUAUUAUCAAAUUAGCUUACUUAUAUUAGGUAUUUUUAAUUGAAUUUAGUCCAGUAUUGCUAAUAGUCUUAGUAUUUUGGAACACUAUUGAAUGCAGUCAUAAUUAUUAUAAGCAGUCGCUUAAGGCCUCAUAUAACAAAGGGUUCCAUAGAGACUCCAGGGUUUUUAAUUACCACAGCUUAACGUUUUUUGAAAUGGGCACUGAGGUUUAAUAAUAUUUAUAUAAAAUGAACAAACUUUUUAUAUGUAUGUACAAAAAUUGACAAUUUAUUGCCUACACAUUACAUCCUUUAAUUGUUAGUCUAAAUCUUAUUUUUCUUAGGACCCUCAAAAUAUUUUUGUCAAUCAGAGUCUCCAUUUGUCUUGAUCCAUCCUUAUUUUUUUUCAUAAUUUGAUUAACUGACUUAAAAAAAAAGAGUAGGGUUAGACACAUAUAAAUUUAAAAACAGAUUGCAUUCUCAGUUAUCACAUUACAUUUUUUUUUGCAAUAAAAAAUUAUUACAUAAUUAUUGAAUCAUCACUAAUUUUUUUGUGAUUAUCUUCUUGUAAUAAAACAGUAUUUUAA